GGGGAGCAGCGCCCGCACCGCACCGGACCGGAGGGGGGGCGAGAAGGCGCCCGGCCGCCCCCAUGGCUUGUAUGGCAAGUGACGGCCAGAAGCGGGUAGUCCAAUUUACCGGAUUUAAAAAGCGAGAGAAAGCGGCGCUGCUGAAAUGGCUCUUCAGACUGGACUGUGUUUUUUUACCUGAUAAGAAAUACAGGAACUGCACACAUCUUAUAGCAAAGAAGCCGUGCAAGAGUGAAAAGUUCUUAGCUGCCUGUGCUGCUGGAAAGUGGAUACUAACUAAGGAGUACAUAAUUAAUAGUGCCGAAAGUGGCAGAUGGCUUGAUGAAACAACGUACGAAUGGGGAUAUGAAAUUGAAAAAGACACCCAUUAUUCACCUCAAAGGCAAUCUGCACCUAAAAGAUGGCGUGAAGAACUGACACGCUGGAGUGCUCCAGGGGCCUUCCACAGAUGGAAAGUUGUCCUCCCUGCUAAGGAAGGUGAUAAACGAAUGGCGUCUAUUAGAAGAGUUCUUCAAGCUGGAAAGGCAACCAUAUGUUCAUCUCAAAAGGCAGAGUGCGGUAUAACUCAUGUAUUCAUCCUUAAUAAAAUUUGUCCUGUGCAAAACAAAAAAGGUCUCUCGGAAGCUCGAUACUACCCUGUGCAAUAUCUGGGAGAUUACCUUUUUGAGAAUGAGAUACAAAAUACUGAAGAUAUCCUGGCUGCACAAGAAACCAACCAAAUCAUGUCUAAUACACAGCUCUCAGCAAUGAGAAGUGCUGUUAUUAAACAUAUGUAUUUUGCUGUGACUGUUAAGCACAGGAUUGUUCAAAAAGACCAGCUGAAUAAAUGCAGUCCAGAGGUUGAAAAUACUACCCUGUCCAGAGGCACAUGGUAUAUGCUUGAAGGAUUAAUGGAAGAGUAUUUAUUUCCCGAUGUAAUCACAGAACUUGCUGCUGGUCAAAAGUACUCUACACCUCCUGUGCAACUUCUUCAUUUUCUUCUAGAAUACGCCCUGUUGGGAAGUACUGAUGCAAUAUUUUAUGCUAAACUUCAUCAUGCUUUGUACCUUGUUCUCCAUUGUGAUCCUCCUUGGAAGUCCUCAUCUAUGUUAAAGUAUUAUCUGGAUCUUCUCCAGUGUCCUAUCUGUAAGAAAGGUACAUGGUCCUUCAUAGAGAUGCUGGUAAGGUCUUGCCUUUAUUGCAAAACCAUUUGUCAUGGAGUCUCGGUUUCAGGGAGAGGAGAUGAACAGAGGAGAGUUCACAAAACAUUAUUGAAGUUUUUCUUUGAUGUAGUUAAAGCUGAAGUAGAGUUUCUGACGAAAAGUUUGGUUGAAGGGACCGAUUCGCAGCAUCAGCAAGUCAUGCCACAGACAGUCCUCCUGAAGACCUUUUGGCUGGGAGGCGAAACCUCGGUGCUUUUUACCAAACACAUAAAUAUUCUAACAGACUGGGUCAUACUUUCCCAUCGAGAAUUGAACAGAAGGAACGAUGCUUUCACAUGUGAAAUAGCUGGUCUAUUAAAUGCAAUUCUUGGAACUGUAGUGGAGUAUUGGAUCAUCUCAAGUUUGCUUAUGAACAGAAAUAUGUUUCAUCAAAUAGCUGAUGAUUUGGCUCACUACAUUGCCAUUUCCUGUGAUGAUUUUUCAAUAAGUGAAUUGAAAAUGUUCAUUUCUUCCAUACCAUCCCGUUGGCUUCAAAUGUUUGUUGCAGAAGCAGUUUUCAAAAAAAUGUGUUUACAGAGGAAUAUAGCUAUUUCUAAAGAACCUCUUUCUCUUCAGAAAAUAGUCUGUUGCUAUUUGCCUGCUUUGCGAGAGGUGGGGAUGCAGGAGACCAGGAGGAUGCAGAAAGCAAAGAAAACGAAAAUAGGGCAACGGCCGUGCCCUGAGUCUCAGAGGGCAUUACAGAUGCUAUAUGGUGAUAAGCAGAACCAAGUCAAAGUGCUGCCUGAUCUACCUGACUUAAUCUUUAAUAAGUGCCCUACUUUGACAAAGAAGCUUAGAACACAACCAGAAGUUGAGGCUUCAUACACCAAAGAGAACUGCUACGUUUUGGCCGAAGAGGUACAUUUUUACAAGAGAAAUCUUAAAGGAGAGACAGCCCUGCAUAGAGCUUGCAUAAGAAACAAAGUGGAGAGAUUGAUUCAGCUUCUCUCUUCCCCUGGAAUAGACAUUAAUGUUAAAGACUAUGCUGGCUGGACGCCUUUGCAUGAAGCCUGUAACCAUGGCAGCACAGUGUGUGUCCGUGAAAUUUUGCAGCGUUGUCCAGAGGUAGACCUGCUCAGUCAAGUGGACGGGGUGACUCCUUUGCAUGAUGCACUGUCAAACGGACACGUAGAAAUUGGCAAGCUGCUCCUUCAGCACGGGGGACCAGUCCUUCUACAGCAGAGGGACUCCAAUGGAGAACUGCCACUGGAUUAUGUUGAGUCCGAAGCUGUAAAGCAAGAACUCCUGAAUGUUGUUCAUCCAGAAGAGAACAUUGACAGCUUCUGUGAACGCACAGAACAAGAUUUUUGCAGUCAGCAGGGAGAACUGUGGUUGAUUUUAUUUAAUAAGAUGCUGCUGAAUUUCUGUUCGGUUUAUAAUCUGUCUUCACCCUUUACUUUAACUCUCAGAGAGGUAGCUUGUUCAAAUGCACUUCCAGUAAUGGCUUGUGAUAACUGUAGGAUGAAAAAUAGAUUUUCUGCAGAUUGGUUAGUAGAUACAUAUUUUAAAGAGCUAGAAACUUUUCAAAAGCUACCAGAGUUUCUUGAAGAAAUAUCUGCAAACAUGUUGUUUUUCCCCGGAGAACAGAUGAAUGCUUUAUUAGCAACUCUGGAAACUAUGGUCGAGGCAUAUCGGCUCUUUACUUAAAUCUUUGUAGCAGUUAGCUUCCAAACAAGCCCCAUUGGUUGAAUCUUGACAGCCCUUGGCAUUGGGCUAACUUUUUUUCUGCUAACCAAAGAAUUACAAAUUUCACAGCCCUACACAUUAUUAUCUCCCAUGUUGUUAAUACUUUCCUCUGCCAGAACCUGGAAGUCAGAUGCCUUGAUGCAGUGCGCUUAAAAAACAGUGUGUUUAAGGCAAUGUUUUUUCCAAUACCAGUGCCUUUUGGUGGUCUGAUAGACCUGGACACCUCUCACCACCUCAGAGGGGUGUUGUAUCCUUUGCACCAAAUUAAACUUUGUGUUUGCUGUCCUGGAGAUCUUUAUUGCACACACACAAAAACGCGUCACAUCCGUUUCUGCGGUGACUGAGUUGAGGACGGAUGGCCCAGAUUUGCAGAAGGGGUGGUUUGCAGAACCCCAGUGGGUACCACCCAUUAGAGCCUUAAAAUGGUGAAGUCACCGUGCUGUUCCCAGGCCAGUGAUGCUGGAAGGGGCCAAACCCACCCUGGGCUGAACUUGGGGUGUCCUGGGCUCUGCGCUGACUCCCCUUGGCUUGGGGUGUUUUGGUAAACCCAUUACAGCAGCAGAGUAUAAAAUGAUCUGGUAGCACUCCUGGGAUUCCCUCAACUAAAGAUGCCGGUGGAAGCAGUGGCACAAAUCUAGUUCUGUUGGCAGGGGAAUUUACAAAGGAUUAGACAAGGCAGUUUUAAGUAUGUACUGGGCAUCAGAUUCUGACACUAAGUAUGGAUCUCCUUAAAAAUUACACCCCAUUUAAUAUGAGAAUUUUGUUCUCCAUUCUGUGAAUACAUGCAAACUACACAUGAUAAAUCCUCUAAACUAAUCCUCUAACCUAAUUUAGGAUUGUCUGCUACGUAUUCUAUCAGAUGGGCCUUUUAAUUAAUUAAGAAAAAGGGAAAAUCCUGUGCUGUUCUUUAGAGGUAUCGAGGCUGGUGAGGCAGCUGAACUACAGAAUUGUGCUGCACAGGGCUGGGGAUGCUUAAAAGUUAGAUGUUUUGAAGAGCUUUUAUUGCACAUUUAUAUAGCAACAACUGCUGUUCUUGCCUUGCAUCUUUGUAGAAUUCCAGUGCCAAAGUCAUUUCAGACUGGGGCCUGGAAGAAAUGCAUUUUUAAGGGAAGCUUAUUCCUUAAGAAUAAGAAGGAAGUGCUGCUUUACUGGGGAUACCUGAUUUAUUUUUUUUUUUUCUAAUAGUUUCAGUAGUACAUCAAGAAUAAUUUAAAAUCUUAGCCUUCAAAAGGAAGGUACUAAUUAGCAGUGUUUCCAAUUCUUCUGUAAUAGCAAUUUAUAAUAUUAAAAAAAAAAAAAAAGAACCCUAAAAGAAAGGGUGGGGAUAAUAGCUGCUGCUGAAAUUGAUGUUGCUUGACUAGAGGGAAUAAGUUACGUUGAUGCAGCUGGCUUGCAACACAUUAAAACUUCCAUUUAGCCUUUCUGCAGCUGAGAUAUAUGAUCUCAUAGCAAUUAAUCCACUGAAGAUGCUCAGACUGAGUUGGUCUUGGAACCAGACCUGUGUUACAAAUGCUCGGUGUUUAUUAAUGGCUGAUUAUUAUUGUUAUACAUGCAUGCAGAAUGGCCUGCUCUGGUAGAAUAAAGGGCUGGCGCGUAUCAGGUUUGCUUCUGUUUGUGCACUUUUGAUUUUUCUGUAGUAAGAAAAAAAACCUUUAUCCUGUAUGAGAUGGACUAAUAAACAUCAAUCUUCCCUGUU